CGCACAAGCUGACAGGCGCGAAGCUGACAGGCACUGUGGAGCUGCUGGUGGGCCUCGCGUGAGGGGGUCGAGGGGGAAAAUUAAUAUAUAUACUUAAGGUGGGACGCGCAGAGGAGGAGUGAAGCGCCAUCAUUUCCCCACGGAGGGAAAACCAGACAGCUUUGCCACGGCUGCCCGCCCAGCAGACCUGGUUACAAGAGCCGGAGGGAUGGUGGUAGUCACGGGGCAGACCAAAGUGAGCGAUGCCAUGUCGAGUUCGGAUGCGGAGGAUGACUCUCAAGAGCCUGCCACGCCGACGGCCACCCAGGCAGAGCACGCCCUGUCCCUCCUGCCUCAGCAGUUCCCUGAAGUGGUUCCACUGAAUGUUGGAGGAGCUUAUUUUACUACCAGGUUGUCAACACUACGGCGCUACGAAGACACAAUGCUCUCGGCUAUGUUCAGUGGCCGACACUACAUCCCAACAGAUGCAGAGGGGAGAUACUUUAUUGACCGAGAUGGGAAGUUCUUUGGGGAUGUGCUCAAUUUCCUGCGGUCUGGCGACUUGCCUCCAAGGGAACGCGUGCGGGCAGUUUACAAGGAAGCCCAAUAUUAUUCCAUUGGACCCUUGCUAGACCUUCUUGAGGAUCUCCAGCCCCUCAAAGGAGAAAAAGUCCGGCAGGCUUUCCUGGGCUUGAUGCCAUAUUACAAAGAGCACCUGGAGCGGAUUGUGGAGAUUGCAAAGCUGCGUGCCAUGCAGCGGAAGGCCCGCUUUGCCAAGCUGAAGAUCUGCGUCUUCAAGGAGGAGAUGCCCAUCACGCCCUACGAGUGCCCGCUCUUCAACUCCCUGCGCUUUGAGCGGAGCGAGGGCGACGGCAAGCUCUUUGAGCACCACUGUGAGGUGGACGUGUCCUUUGGGCCCUGGGAGGCCGUGGCGGACGUGUACGACCUCCUCCACUGCAUUGUGACGGACCUCUCCAGCAGGGGCAUCACGGUGGACCACCAGUGCAUUGGGGUCUGCGAUAAGCACCUGAUCAACCACUACUACUGCAAGCGCCCCAUUUAUGAGUUCAAGAUUACGUGGUGGUGAGCCCAACCAGGCGUGGGAAGAGUUAGCUGGCUGGUUUUGCUGUCUUCUCCAUGGCCUUGUUGCCCUGCGUUCCGAGAAAUGGUGGCACUGCUGACAGAGUGCUGGAGUCAUAUCUUGGCAGGAGAGCGUGACCUCCAUUCAUAGCUAUGCAGCAAACUGGGGUCUCUCCUGUGAUUCUUGCUUCAAGGAAGAGAAAUCCUUCUGGAAGGACACAUGCUACUGUGGCUGACACAUAGGGUCCCAGUAGAGGUAUAUGCCAGUUGGUGUGUAUUGAGGUUUUUGGAAGGGCUCUAACCCACAAUUCAAGCCUUUUUCGGCCCACACUGGUCUCACUUGCCUGCACUUGCCUAGGGGGCACCGCCACACCGUUGCACAAUCUUCCAACUGCACCCCUGGAGACCUAGCUAGCUGUUCUGCAGCCACCUGGCGUUGGAAGUGCACAGGAGCACUUUAUUUUUACACCACUUCCGCUGGCAUGUGACUUUUUGCUGCUGUUCCAACCUUCAGUACAGAAGUACAAAGUACUUUUCAGAGAUGCUGAGGUUUCAGAAGUGAAUUAUCUCUACAAAUGUCUGAACUUUCUCUGUGUUAAAUCCCUGCUUUAUUUAUGCAUCUGUAUUGGUUAAUUCUUUUACAUGUUUGUGUUGAAAUUUAAUUUAUUUCCACUCCCCCGACCCCAAAGGGCAGGUGUUGGGUGGUUUUUUUAACCCCUUGGUGCUUGCUCAGACCGCAUAGGUUGCAUUCUUAAAUGAAUUCAAAAAUAACUGUUAUUUAAAGACAAUUGUGCCUGUUUUUCGCUUUGGGUGCUUUAGCUGUUGACUAUGCGAGAUGAGCGUGCAACCCCAGAGUCGGUCGCGACUGGACCUAAUGGUCAGGGGUCCCUUUACCUUUUAUACCUGGAUAGAAACUUCUCCCUCACUUUGAUGAAGUGAGCCAGCCCCAAAUCUCAUGGCCAGAAGUCAUUGUUAGCAUGGAAACUUUCUCAACUUGGUGAUGGCUGGCAUGCUUCUUUGGGAAUUGGAGCAUGUCGGAUCAUCGCAGCCAGAUGUUUUAUUGGAUUGACCUGUUAUUGGCUAAAAUCAAGCUGGUUGAAUUAAGAACACAUGAUUAAACUGCGGAACUUUCCGCCACAGGAGGCAGUGAUGACCACCAAUUUAGAUGGUUUUAAAAGAGGAAUGGAUAAAUUCAUGGAGGAAAGGGCUAUCGAUGACUGAAAGCCACAGUGAUUAUGCUCUGCCUCCAUGGUCAGAAGCAGUAAUGCUUCUGAAUACCAGUUGCUGGAAGCCACAGGAAGGGAGAGGGCUCUUGUGCUUGGAUCCUGCUUGUGUGCUUACCAAAGGAGGCAUCUGGUUGGCCACUGUGAGAAAAGGAUGCUGCACCAGAUGGGCCCUUGGCCUGAUCCAGCAUGACUCAACCUUAUGUUCAUUCAUUUCAGUGAGUCUACUCUGAGUAAAACUUAGUUGAAUGCCACCCAGUGGAAAUUAUUUCCAGGAAGACACGUGAUUAGGUAGUCUGGGGUUCUAUGCAUUGUUCUCAUCCCUCUCCCCCUGCCCUCCCGGUACAAAUAAGAUGGUGUUCGUUUAUGUGGAGAUAAAAAAGGAUUCUGAGCAUACUCCUUUAGUAAAUUUGGCAAGCAAUUCAUUAUGACUGUUAAAACAUUUCUUUAAGAGUAUAUUUUACCCAGAUGUCUCUAUGCAUUACGACCUUCAAUGCCUUCUGCAAAAAUGAGAAAUGUAAAUGGAUUUGCAAGGUGGGAGUGUGUUGUCUUCAAACAGUGGAUAUUACAAUGAUAAAACCAUUCAAAUAUGUUAUUUCACCUCUCUCCCCUUUUACUGCCCAUAUUUUGUAUUGAAACAUGUUGUGUCUCAGUAACGUGCAAUAAAUUAUCUCACUAUGGUCACUAUCUAACUGAGCUCACAAUUAUCUU